AAUUCAAUACAAUUAAACACAACAUCUCAACAACAAUUGAAAACCUAAUAGACAUUGUAAUGGUCCGCAUACAAGUGAAAAGGUGUCUGCCAGCAGCUUAGCACCGAAGGUUUGAUAUGAUCGGGAAGCAACACAUAGUUUGCGGCAUGCUUCAAGAUUUCACCACAGAGUACAAGGAUCACCAUCUCUGUAUAAUCACAUCUUGGAUGGUGGAUUACGAGAGCUCAUUUUGACAUUGAGCCGGCCUACAUUUUUUGGUUGAAUCAAGUGAUUUAAACUUAAAGCUCCUAUUGUUUAACUGACGAAAGCGAAUUCUUGACAAGUUCAAUCCAUGAUGUCACUCAUGUUACAACUUGAAUUGAAGAAAACAGCAGCAACUUUCAUUAUAAAACAUUGUAAUGGGCUAUAUUUUACAGGGAUUUGUACAUCUUGAUUCCAUAAAUUAAGCUUCAAGAAGCAUAGCCCGAUCCAUGCAAUCAGUGUUGGACAAAUAAAGAAAUCGACAGACAAAGCAUCUCAAGGCCGAACGAGGAAUCAAUGUUUUUGAGAGUUACAAGAUUCCUAAUCCUUAACACUUACGUCAGUUUGUCUGUCUUUAAAAUGCUUCAUGUUCUUCUAUAGUUAUAUAUAUAUAUACACCUGCCGUCCCUCUACUAGUAAAAAUACUGUAUCGAUACAAACUUGGGGUCUUUUUUCUCUUUCUUUCUUUCUUUCUCUAAUAUUGAACAUGGAAGCAAAAUUUCUUUCCAUUCCAUCACUACCUCUACCGAGGCAUCUUCCCAACCUUCAUCACUCGCCAGUUUAUGCAGUGCUCACUAGGCCACUGGAGAAUAUUACCGGAGUAAAAGAGAAGAAAACUUCAAAGCCGGCAGAUAACAUAAUGGAACUCACAAGAAAGACUGUCUAUAAUGAUAACUGGUUUGAUCAACUAGCCAUAAACCAUCUUUCCCGGAGUGUUCAAGCUGCAACAGGGUUGAGAAAUAGCAAGACUGGGUAUGAAAGCUUGGUUGAGGCAGCCAUGGACGCUUCACUAAAAUUCAGCCUGAUUCAACAACGAGAACUUGUGCUUCAAGCUCUUGAUAGAGCCUUCCCAAGACCAAUCCUUGACCUGAUAAAGACAGUGCUUCCCCAAUCUAAAUUUGCAAGAGAAUAUUUUGCUGCUUUCACCACCUUGUUUUUCGUCUGGCUAAUUGGGCCAUGCGAGGUACGGGAAUCUGAGCUCAAUGGGAGAAAAGAAAAGAAUGUAGUCCAUAUAAAAAAGUGCAGGUUUUUAGAAGAGACUAAUUGUGUUGGGAUGUGUACUAAUCUCUGUAAGGUUCCGAGUCAGACCUUUAUUAAGCACUCCCUGGGAAUGCCAGUCGAUAUGGUUCCUAAUUUUGAUGAUAUGAGUUGCGAGAUGAUAUUUGGUCAGGAUCCUCCCAAGUCAACUGAAGAUCCAGCAUUCAAUCAACCAUGCUACAAACUAUGUAAAACAAAACAAAAGCAUAGAGUGAAAUGCUCCAGCUAACAUCAAGGGACAUGAAGAAGGGCAGUUCAGCUGAGAAUCUUCUCUCUUGACAGAUAAUUGCCAGAUAUUUAUUUGCAGUUUUAAUACAACAAACUUCUCAUAAAUAUCUGCACUGGAAAAUCGAAAGAAAUGCCGCUCGAUGCUUCUGAAAUUUAUGGAUUACUUCCACAUACUCGGACAAUUCAAUUGAGGAAAAUUCAUUCCAAACUUCAGCAAUACCCAAGAGCAGUUGUUCAUUUCCAGUGACAUAAAUGGUAACAAUGGCCGGUAUAAGUUGUGUGAUCCUUUCUUCUGUUUAGUUUGUAAAUGUCCCUUUCUUAUUAUCCGCUAUAGUUCCUUGGCUUUGAUUUCUCUAUAAAUUUUAAUGCAUACUUCGAAGGUUUAAAGAUGUUUA